GAGGAGAAUAUUUUGUUGGAGAAAACGUGGUGUCUUGGAGAAAAGAGGGCUCAUGUGUCCUUAAAGUGUUCAUAUACUGCCGGAAUGAGAAGCACCUAACAUAGUGAGAGCUUAAAUUCAAAAUUGAAGCGGUACUUCAAAUUUGACCUUAACCUUGAACAAUUUUUUCUCAUUUCACUGGAAUUUUUGUGGACACGCUGUACAAUUAAAAAAAAGCUACAUAUGAUUCUAGGCAAAAGUUGCCUAGAGUAGAGUUCACUAGUAGUCCCAUGUUAAUCCAGAUUGCACAAGUGUGCACUCCUCCUGUGUUCGAAUUGCUCAAUGACCCCUUGCUUGUCAAGUACAAAGGGGCCAUGAAUUAGGAGGAGAAAUUAGGUUUGUGAUUGAGAAGUAUGGAUCGGGCAGAGCGUAUAUUGUGGUAUGUGAUGUGGAAAUCGACGAGUUAGGAGGCAAACCAAUCAACAAAUUUGCUGUAGUUGUCGAUCAUUCGAGAGCUUUGGAAUUUUAUGUAGGCAUGCAAUUAGAGCACUCCAACAAAUGAAUGUCAGGGAAAUUCCCCAGAGAUACAUAUUGGACCCAUGGAUGCUAGAUGCAAAGGUUUCUUCAUCGAUUGAGGGCAAAGUUAGAGGGGAUGAGAAGGAUCCUAAAAUGGUACACCUAGCAACUUUGUCAUCGGAGGAUGACGACGCAUAUGAGUUGGUGGAUACAGCUAUUGCUCAUUUGUUCUCUAAAGUUGAAGCCAAUGCGCUAGGCUGUAGCUCCGGCGCUUCUCCUGGUGGAGGCCCUAUUGACAUGGAACUGAGUUUGGGUGUUCCUAAUUUAGGGCGAGCUAAGGGCUUCAAAAAGAGACAGGGCACAUGCAUGAGAAGAGUGGGUGGAACAGGAAGACUACAGCCUUGA